AUGCUCUCACCCGAACACUUAAUAUCCCCCGCUUUGAUGUAUGGACAGAAUUUGGGUAUUUAUGAGUUUCGAAGUCAGGGAUCCAGGAAUCCAGGAAUCCAGAAUCCAGAAUCCAGAAUCCAGAAUCCAGAAUCCAGAAUCCAGAAUCCAGAAUCCAGAAUCCAGAAUCCAGAAUCCAGAAUCCAGAAUCCAGAGAAUCCAGGAAUCCUUAAAUCCAGGAAUCCAGGAAUCCAGCAAUCCUGCAAUCCAGGAACCCAGGAAUGCAGGAAUCCAGGAAUCCAGGAAUCCAUGAUCCAUAGGAAUCUCAGAAUCUCAGAAUCUCAGAAUCUCAGAAUCUCAGAAUCUCAGAAUCUCAGAAUCUCAGAAUCUCAGAAUCUCAGAAUCUCAGAAUCUCAGAAUCUCAGAAUCUCAGAAUCUCAGAAUCUCAGAAUCUCAGAAUCUCAGAAUCUCAGAAUCUCAGAAUCUCAAAAAUCUCAGAAUCUCAGAAUUUCAAAAUCUCAGAAUCUCAGAAUCUCGGAAUCUCAGAAUCUCAGAAUCUCAGAAUCUCAGAAUCUCAGAAUUGCAGAACUUCAGAGUCUCAGAAUCUCAAAACCUCAAAAUUUCAAAAUCUCAGAUUCUCAGAAUCUCAAAAUCUCAAAAUCUCAGAAUCUUAAAAUCUUAGAAUCUCUGAAUCUCAGAAUUUCAGAAUCACGGAAUCUCAGAAUCUCAGAAUUCCCAGAAUCUCAGAAUCUCAAAAUCUCAAAAUCUCAGAAUCUCAAAAUCUCAAAAUCUCAGAAUCUUAAAAUCUUAGAAUCUCAGAAUUUCAGAAUCACGGAAUCUCAGAAUCUCAGAAUCUCAGAAACUCAGAAUCUCAGAAUUUCAGAAUCACGGAAUCUCAGGAUCUCAGAAUUCCCAGAAUUUCAGAAUUUCAAAAGUUCAGAAUCUCAAAAUCGCAGAACUCUUAUACGGACGAUUGGCGGCUGA